AUGUCUGGAUCGACGCCUUACGCGGUUCGUUCGCCGACGCAGUCGAACCAAUACCCACCACCGUAUUCACCAACUCACCCGAACCGCCCUUUUUUCGUCCACGAGCCGUUCCAGAUACCUCCUCAACACCUCAUCCAAACUCCGCCUCCAUUUCCUCCUGCGUCGCUGGUCCAUAGCCCGCAUCACACCCGGCCCACGUUGGCAUCACCCUUGCCUUCGGCGAGCGCCCUACCACCGCCGCCACCACCUCCUCCUCUUCCUCCCUCGAUAGGCGCAGGACCGCAGUAUCAACCUCUGACAUCAAGUCCACCGUUUGCGCUUCAGAGAUCGUACUCUGGACAUCUGGUUCAUCCCAGUAUGCCGUCAGCAUACGAUGUCAAUCCUUCGCACGCGCAUCCAGCUGGGCCCCCGAGUUCGGCGCUGCAGUCUCCUUUGAGGGAUCACCAUAGCCUCACCAAUGGAAGACCUGGAGACAUUUCUUCUUCAGAUUCGCGGCCGCAGUCGAAAGAUAAGCCUGACAGAGCGAGCAACCCAAUGUCCUUUGCGAGCAUUCUUGGUCCUUCAAACAAUGAGCCCUCCCCUAAAAUGGCUGAAGCAAAGCUGCCGCCAGCGCGACCAGCGACACCGCCGCCACCACCACCGUCAGCGCCGGCGCCAGUGCCGAUAUCAUUGCCCGUGGUAGAAAGCAAGAUUGUGCCUGAAAAAGUACCUGCGACGAAAAUGCUAGAUCUUAGUCCAGGUCAGCCUUUGGGGAAUGGCCACACCAAAUCACAAUCGAAGGCGGAAGCAGUAGUCCCUCCUAAGAAAUACCUUGCUCCACCACGGCCACGAAAGAUACUCACAGAGGGGGAGGCCGACAAGAUACUGAAGGCCCUUGCCGUUAUUGAUGAGACUGUUUUCAGUGACGCCGAGGAUGCGGCUUGGUCCGAAUACAAGGAACGGUACAAACAGAGAAGCAGGAAGAGAGCUGCAGAUGUCUACGAAGGUGAACAGCACAAGCGGAAGCGUCGUCGCGGCUAUCUUUUAGAAUCUUUCAUCCGGUCCAUGGACAAACAAGCACUCAUUGCCACACAACGCUUCCGUGAACGCUUUGAGCCUGUCGCCGCCAAAGAAAUUGCAGACAAAGAUCACCAGAGCGAAAAGGAGAGAAAGAAAGAUAUGCAGCGCAAACGCCGUCGUGAACAGCAGAUUCGCAACGAGAAGGAGAGACUUGAGGAGCUCGAACAGCGCGCUCGAGAGGCCGAAGAUCAAGAAGAGGCGCAGAAGUAUCUGAGACAAGCAGAGAAAUCCCAGGCCCGCAUCAAACAAACCACCGAAUUGCUCGAGGGUGUUCCCCCUCAAGAAGACAUGGAAGUCCCAGCACCAGCCCCCAACUACGAAGGUGGUGUUACCUCGUCCUUCCAGCUCGCCACGCCCGAACCUGGAGAACCUCCCAAGAAGCGAAGCAAGAAGGACCCCGGUGCUCCCUCCGCUCGUUUGAAGAAGUCCAAGGAAAAGAAGCAAGCCGAGAAAGAUGCAGCAGAGGCGGCUUACGCGGCAAUGGAAAAAGAUGCCUUGAUCCAGAUUGCACCCAAGGAAGAAUCAACUCCCGCUCCAUCAGGAAAGUCCAAAAAGUCCAAAGUCCAAGAACCCCCCGCCAGCCCUCCACCCCAGACAGUCAACUAUGAAUCGAAAGGGUACAUUCAAAUCUACGAGCAAAUCUGGAGAGACUUGGCCAGGAAAGAUAUUCCCAAAGUAUAUCGCAUCAAGCAAGUAUCUCUUGCUACCAGAAGCGAAAAUCUCCGCAAAACUGCCAUCCUCGCGAGCAAACAAGCGCGCAAAUGGCAGGAACGCACCAACAAGAGUAUGAAGGAUACACAAGCACGAGCGAAACGUGUCAUGCGGGAGAUGAUGUCCUUCUGGAAACGCAAUGAGCGAGAAGAGCGAGAUCUACGCCGUCUGGCCGAGAGGAAGGAGAUUGAAGACGCAAAGAAAGCUGAGGCGGAUCGUGAGGCCAACAGACAGAAGCGAAAGCUCAACUUCCUUAUCUCGCAAACCGAGAUCUACUCACACUUCAUCGGGCGAAAGAUCAAAACCGACGAAAUCGAAAGAGCUACAGACGAUGCCGAAGUUGCCGGGGCUGUGGAGAAGAGGGUACCUGCCGCAGAUCGGGACCGUGGGAUGGACGACUUGUCACUGUCUAAUGAGCACGGAAAUCACAAGGUCACAAACUUUGAAGACCUCGAUUUCGACGCCGAGGACGAGUCGGAGCUGAGAAAAGCCGCGGCGGCCAACGCUGCAAGCGCAUUGCAAGAUGCACAGGACAAAGCCCGCAACUUCAACGCGCAAGACCCGAUGGAUGCCUUUGAUUCGAGUGAGAUGAACUUCCAGAACCCCACCAUGGCUGGCGAUGUCCAGGUCUCCCAGCCCAAGAUGUUACAAGCGCAACUCAAGGAGUACCAGCUCAAGGGCCUCAAUUGGCUAGUUAACCUUUAUGAGCAAGGUAUCAACGGCAUCCUGGCAGACGAGAUGGGUCUCGGCAAAACCGUGCAAUCCAUCUCGGUCAUGGGCUACCUUGCAGAACAGCACAACAUCUGGGGACCGUUCUUGGUCAUUGCUCCCGCCUCGACGCUACACAACUGGCAACAAGAAAUUACCAGAUUUGUGCCGGCCAUCAAGGUUCUUCCAUAUUGGGGCAGUGCAAAAGACCGCAAGAUUCUGCGAAAGUUCUGGGACCGGAAGCACAUUACCUACACGAAAGACUCCGAGUUCCAUGUUCUCGUUACUUCAUAUCAACUUGUCGUUCAAGAUGCUCAAUAUUUCCAGAAGAUCAGAUGGCAGUACAUGAUUCUGGACGAGGCGCAAGCAAUCAAGUCGUCGAGCAGUUCGAGAUGGAAGACACUGCUCGCUUUCCAGUGCCGCAACCGACUUUUGCUGACCGGCACGCCUAUACAGAAUAACAUGCAGGAGUUGUGGGCUCUACUCCACUUCAUCAUGCCCACGCUGUUCGACUCUCAUGACGAGUUCAGCGACUGGUUCUCCAAGGAUAUUGAAAGUCACGCGCAGAGCAAUACCAAACUGAACCAGGACCAACUCAAGCGUCUGCAUAUGAUUCUCAAGCCGUUCAUGUUGCGACGUGUCAAGGCCCACGUGCAGAAGGAACUUGGCGACAAGGUUGAGAAGGAUGUCUUCUGCGAGCUCACCUACCGACAACGAGCAUACUAUUCGAAUUUGCGUAGCAAGAUCAGCAUCAUGGACCUUAUCGAGAAGGCGGCGCUGGGCGGCGAUGAAGAUACUGCCACACUGAUGAACUUGGUCAUGCAGUUCCGCAAAGUUUGCAACCACCCGGAUUUGUUCGAACGAGCAGACACGACGUCCCCCUUCUCGAUGUCGUAUUAUGCCGAGACUGCCUCAUUCGUCCGUGAGGGGUCAUUUGUGCAGGUUGGCUAUUCAGUUCGCAACCAGAUUCAAUACUAUCUGCCUCGAGUGCUUUGUAAUGAUGUCGGAAGAAUUGACGUUGCUGGACCUGGCAAUCCGUACGCUGGGUUCCGACGCGCUGGCUUCAAGACCAAGGGACUUGGGGGCUUGUUGAGGAUCUGGACUCCUGAGCACAUCAAAAACUCGGCGGAGGAAGACGGGGCUUUCUCAUUCCUGCGAUUUGUCGACACCUCGGCCGGCGAAGCCUCAUUUCAUGGCGAAUCGGGACUUUUUGAGCGUGCGAUAAAGCUCAAGAAACAGCACGGACGGGGCUUACACAUCUUCCAAGAUUCCGAAGACGGACCCGACGGGCCGCCAGUCCAUGCCAUGUUCAACAUUGUAGAAAACCAACCGCGUCGGGCACUGAUGGAACUGGACCCCAACUCGAACCUCGCACGACUUUGCAAUGUCUCCACGGAUACCCUUGCAGAACAUGGAGUCUCAGUGCUCGAGCCAGCGGCCCGGCCAAAAGCGUUGGCUCCACCGAUUGAGAUCAGCUGCUUCGAUCAAUCCUCCAUCUCUGAGCGACAGUUGACCUUUUUCAACAUGGAUAUCCGCAGCACUCUGUACCCACUGGAAGCUUCACUCGAGGAGAAGUUGCUUGAGCGUGACGUGGAUCCUGCCAAUUUCCCCAUCUCCAACAUGCUCCCGGCGCCGGAAUCUGCGAAGGCCAGGUACACCAACAUCUCGGUGCCAUCGAUGCGGCGAUUUGUUACAGAUUCGGGCAAGCUGGCGAAACUGGAUCAGCUACUCCGAGAACUCAAGAUGGGCGGCCACCGUGUGCUCUUGUACUUCCAGAUGACGCGUAUGAUUGAUUUGAUGGAAGAAUACCUUACGUACCGCAACUACAAGUAUUGUCGACUGGAUGGUAGUACCAAACUGGAAGACCGGCGAGAUACGGUGCACGACUUCCAAACGCGGCCCGAGAUCUUCAUCUUCCUGUUGUCGACACGUGCUGGUGGUCUCGGUAUCAAUCUGACCUCUGCCGACACCGUCAUCUUCUACGACUCAGACUGGAAUCCCACGAUCGACUCGCAAGCCAUGGACCGAGCGCAUCGACUUGGUCAGACGAAGCAGGUUACUGUCUAUCGACUCAUCACUCGAGGCACGAUCGAAGAACGAAUCCGCAAGCGGGCGAUGCAGAAAGAGGAAGUCCAACGUGUCGUCAUCACCGGCGGAGACGGGGCUGGUGUGGACUUCAAUACUCGUGAUCGACGUGAAAAUAGGACCAAGGAUAUUGCCAUGUGGCUUGCCGACGACGACCAAGCGGCUCUUAUUGAGCAAAAAGAGAAGGAGAUUGCCGAGAAACCUGACGAAGAGAACACGAAGAAGCGAAGCAAGAAGGCAGCAGCAGCCGCCGCUUCACGCAAGCGAAAGGGCGAGAUGAGUUUGGAUGACAUGUAUCAUGAGGGCGAAGGACAUUUCGAAGAUGCUUCGGCGAAACCAUCCGGCGCAGCAACGCCAGUAAGUGCGCCCGAGACGACGGCUGGACCAAAGCGCGGGCCGCGUGGUGGACGCGGUGUGAGCAAGAAAGCCAAAACGGCCAAACAGAGACUUGCAAUUGUCGAUGCUGAAGGGGAUCUGGAACUCAAACGCUCAUUCUCCCUUCUGGGCAUGGUGGGAUUCAGCUUUUCCAUCGUGACCUGCUGGACCGCCCUGGGAGGUACUUUGAUCGUGGGCAUCGUCGCUGGCGGUCCUCCCGUCAUGGUCUGGUCGUGGGUGGGCAUUUGUCUGCUCUCCCUGACCGUCGCCUAUUCGUUUGCCGAAAUGUGCUCUGCCUAUCCCACUGCUGGCGGCCAGUACAGCUGGGUGGCUAUCCUCGCUCCGCCCAAAUACGCCCGUGGUGCCGCUUUUGUCACGGGGUGGUUCAUGUGUACGGGCAUCGUGGCCAUGGGCGCUGUCAACAACUUUCUCGGCGCAAACUUCAUCCUUGGAAUGGCCAAUCUUAACAAUCCAUCCUACACCAUCGAGCGUUGGCAUACCGUGCUGGUAACCUACCUGAUAGCAACACUCGCCGCCCUCUCGAACGUCUACCUCUCGCGCUGGCUCAAUCAGAUCUCUACCUUUGCCGUGGCGUGGAACAUUCUCAGCUUUUUUGUCGUCAUCAUCACCAUCCUGGCCGCCAACGAUCACAAACAGUCUGCCAGCUUUGUGUUUUCCGAUUUUCAGAACCAGACCGGUUUCUCGUCGGGCGGAAUGGCUGUCAUGAUUGGUCUUUUACAGACAUUGUUUGGCAUGUGCUGCUACGAUGCUCCUAGCCACAUGAUCGAGGAAAUGCUCAACCCGGCAAAAGAAGCACCCCAAGCCAUCAUCCUCUCAGUAUAUCUAGGUGCUGUGACCGGGUUCGUGUUCCUGAUUUCGGCCUUCUUCUGUAUUGGCGAUCUCGACGCUACGGCAACAACACCGACAGGGGUGCCGCUGAUCCAAAUCUUCUUCGACAGCACAGGCAGCACUGGAGGGGCGACAGCACUCGCCUCCAUGAUCACCGUCAUCAUGCUCAUCUGCUCCAACUCGCUGAUGGCUGAGGGGUCGCGGGCACUCUGGGCAUUUUCACGCGACCACGGCCUGCCCUUUAGCAAGCUGUGGGCCCGCGUGAACAAGAGGUCCCAAGUCCCUGUGUACAGCGUGCUGCUGUGUGGUGUGCUGCAAGCUGGGCUGAACAGCAUCUACUACGCCUCCUUCGAAGGGUUCUCGACCGUCAUCUCCAUCGCAACCUUUGGCUUCUACCUCUCGUACGCAGCGCCGCUGUUCGUGCGGCUGUGGUCACUCGUCACACGCGCCAACCCGGCCGCGACCACCAUCCGCGGCGGCGUCUACACCCUCGGCCGAUGGUCGCCCUACAUGAACCUAGCGGGCCUGCUGUUCCUGGUCUUUGCGGGCAUCGACUUCAACUUCCCCCAGGUCGGCCCCGUCACCGCCAGCAACAUGAACUACUGCAGCGCGGCCUUUGGCGUCAUCGGCCUCGUCAGCGUCGUCACCUGGCUCUUUGACGGGCGCAAGAACUUUACGGGACCCCAGACCCCGGGCAUUGUCAAUGCCAUUGACGCCGCCGCCGUCGCCGGUGGAGGUGACGACGACAAGGGAUUGACACCUGACAGGGUGGUGGCUGGCGACGUUGAUGCGAAGGACAAAAAGGAUGAGAAGCACGCCAUGACGAAUUCGCUCGGUGGGGAAAGCAAUGAAACGGUGCCCGUCGACGAUGUGGGCAAGAUCGCAUAA